UUUCAUGGGGCCCUGAUAAGUUCACUGAAAUCUAUAUUUGUCCCUAAACGGAUCAAAAAAGAUGUGAUUCUACAUAAUGACACUUUUCUGCUAUCGCCUCUGAACAGUAAGUAUUAUUUUAGGAAUGCUUGUCCAAGCUAUUGGAGUCAGAUCAGAUUUGUUAUUAAAAUAAAUGCUUAUAAAGACUUGUGUAUGUGUUGUAUUUUUUCAUGAGAGCUUUUUUGCAGCUUUUCCUGGUUUGUUUAAAGAGUCAGUUGUCGUAGCUGUUAUACUCGGAGAAUCAGUGGAGUGAGAAAGGCGUCUGGCAAACAUGGGCAACUUAUUCGCAAACCUUUUUAAAGUCUUCGGUAAGAAAGAGAUGAGAAUUCUUAUGGUGGGUCUUGAUGCUGCUGGAAAGACGACGAUUCUGUAUAAGCUGAAGCUGGGGGAGAUUGUUACCACCAUCCCAACAAUCGGUUUUAAUGUUGAAACUGUGGAGUACAAGAAUAUAAGUUUCACAGUUUGGGACGUCGGUGGUCAAGAUAAGAUUCGACCUUUGUGGCGCCAUUAUUUCCAGAACACACAAGGUCUGAUCUUUGUGGUUGACAGCAACGACAGAGAGCGUGUGAAUGAGGCGCGAGAGGAGGUGAUGAGGAUGUUGGCUGAGGAUGAGCUCAGGGAAGCAGUCCUGCUCGUGUUUGCCAACAAACAGGACCUACCGAACGCCAUGAACGCUGCGGAAAUCACGGACAAGCUGGGGCUGCAUUCGCUCAGGCACAGGAACUGGUACAUUCAGGCCACAUGCGCCACAAGCGGCGACGGCCUCUAUGAAGGACUCGACUGGUUGUCCAAUCAACUGAAAAACCAGAAAUAACAACCUUAGUUCGAUAUUCUCAACACUUGCUUUACUCUUUUGUUUUUAAAGAAAUGGUGCUGGAAGCUGCGCUCAUUUCAAACCCCAUUAACACGGAAGAAUAGGGCCCUACAGUCACAGUGUUGCUCUCUCGUUUAAUGUAAAUCUUUUUUUUGUUGUGAGGCAGCUCUUUGAGCACCAUUAUGCAAGCCUUUCGUCUUUUUUUCCCGUUCUUACUGCCCGAGUCAUUGGAAAGAGUUUUAUGAACGUCACUUCAGGUCUCAUUUGAAUCUUGCACAUGUAUUAUUUUAUUGUGCUUAUAAUAAGACUCUUUCUUAGGCGUACUGUAAACAAAGCUGUUAUGUUUGUCUUGAACGGAGUACGGGAAAUCAAACAUUACAGACACUACCUGCACAUAUAACAGUUCAAUUUCCAGGAAAAGAAACCAAAAACGAUUACACUGUCUUCUCAGCAAAGGCUGAAGUGACCGCUAGCUUUACUGUCAUGAUGCUUUAGGAGCCAUAGAGUUGUGAAGACAGCUACACAAAAGAUUUUUCUGUUAUGAGAUUCCCAAUACACAACGGAUGUUUUGUUGUUAUAUGUGGGAGAAGUGUUGGAGUGGCUCAGGUUAAUCAAGGUUUGUAGGAGGGUGAAGUAAUACAUUCAGGCACGUAAAUACAUUCAAGUAACAAAUACAUUCAGGCACGUAACAGUAAUGAGAUUUUUAUUUUUUUUUAGAGGAACUUGAGGUUGUUUCAUGAAAACAAUGUGACGAUAUAAAAAUUUUAUUGUUU